CACGUGGAAGAUGCCAGGAUGAAACUGAAUCUUUUGCAUUUAAACAGCAGACAGAGGAGAGCGAUCAAGCAAGUGAAGUGUGCAGUGAAGUGACAGUUCCACCAGCAGGAGAAUUGUUUAAAACCCCGAAUCUGGAAGAGGAAUUAACCUGCACGCUUGGGAGGAUGGAGUACAUCCUGGAUGAUGUGCAGCUGAAGAAUUUGAAAGUCUUUUAGGACUUCCUCAUGCUGAUGUUACACUUUGAUGUGUGUGUGCCUGUGUGUGUGUGUGUGUGUAAGCUGUAGGCAGUGAUGGAGAUCAGGCCAAACUGCAGCACUUACUGCGACUCUGCGUCCUGCUUCAUCCAUCCUGCAGUCAACAAGCAGCAGAGUUUGGACAUCCUGCUGAGACUCUGCACUCUCUUUACGAGGAUGGUGGAGGUGCAGAGCAGAUCUCUGUCUCCGGUUCUCUGCGCUGUAGUUUGGACGCUGCUCUCCUGUGGGAUCCUGCUGUCCUGCCUCUUCCUCAUCUUCACCAUCCGCUACAAAAACAACAGGAUUGUGAAGAUGUCGAGCCCCAACCUGAACAUGCUGACUCUGUUAGGGAGUGUCCUAACGUACACCAGCAGCUUCCUGUUUGCUCUAGAGGACAGAUCAUCUGGACAGGAAGCAGGCCCAAAAAUUGUCUUGCAGCCCUGGGUCUGGACACUGUGUAUCGGCAGCUCUUUGGUGUUUGGACCCAUCCUGGGGAAAACAUGGCGUCUGUACAGGGUCUUUACCCAGCGUGUACCUGACAGGAGAGUGAUCAUCCGUGAUAUUCGGCUGAUGGGUUUGGUGGCUCUGUUGGUCAUGGUGGAUGUGCUGAUUCUGGCUGUGUGGAGUCUCACCGACCCUGUGACAUGUUCCCAAUCAGUCAGCGCUGUGGUCAAGGUGGUGGAGUUUGAUGUACGUUACUCCUUGUCUCAGAUGGGCUCCUGUUCCUCUCACUACUCUGACCUGUGGGUUCUCCUCCUCUGUGCAGUCAAGGCUGGUCUACUGGUGUACGGCACGUACCUAGCUGGACUGACCUGUAGCGUUAGCCUGCCUCCAGUCAACCAAUCCCUGACCAUCAUGACUGCUGUGUACCUGGUCGCUGCAUCCACCACUUUGGCCAUCCCUGUCUCUCUCUACCUGCACUCGUGGCCCAACCUGGUCUACGGCAUGCUUUCAGGGACCAUCUUCAUCUGCACCACUGCCAUUAACUGCCUUAUAUUUGUGCCCCAGUUGACCCAGUGGAGGCAGUUUGAAGAGGAUGUGAACCCUCACCCCAGCCAUAUGGCCAAGUACUUCAGCAGCAAGAGCCUGCGCUCCAGCGAGAACGACAUCUACUACCUGCUCGGAGAAUACGACUCCAUGAAGAGGUUAAUCAGUGAGAAAGACGCAGUAAUAAACAGCCUCCAGGAGCAAGUGAAGAACGCCAAGGACAAACUGCUGAAGCUGAUGUCUGUGGGCCACCUGCAGGAUGAAAGAGAAAUGGACUCUUCCACCACCAACCUGAAUUCCUCCUCUACCCAGACUACAGUGGUACCUCCCGAGCCUCCUGCUUCUCCUCUCCCCAUGAGAGAAGUUACUGCUACGGCUGCUCUCUCCCCUUCACUGUAUAUGCCUCCUCCACCUCCUACACUCUCAGCUUAUGAAACACCACCUUCUUCACAGAUCCGAGAGUCCUUACCAUCUUUCUCUCCUCACAGUCCAGACAGGGCUCCACAGAACUCCCAAGUCAGCCAGUUGAAACUUGAAAAUGCAAGUUUGACUAAAGAGUCUCAGCCCAAACUGAACUUUAAGAGCACAUCUGUCAGUGUCGAACCUUCUGUAGUAAUGAACAUGCCUUUAGAUUCACCUGCUAACCUGAUUACGUUGCAUGAUUCUACAUCUCCGGCUUGGUCUGAUCCACCUCCAGGUGCAGCAGGUUCAGCACUAGAGUCCUUUGUGCCUUCAGGGGUGGGUCGCCAGGGUUUUGUAAGCAGCGAACAGCUGGAGGAGAUUCUACACGAUUUGAGCGUGGACGCCAUAAGCAGCUCGCUCAGAUCGCCAGACGGUGUGAGAAGACCCUCGAAUCCUGCACCGGACAUUUUCUCAUCCCGAUCAAAUCUGCAGUUGUACCUUCCCAGCAUCUCACCAUACAUGAUGCGAAAACGCCGGCCUCCGUUUCACGCGUGCAGAAAGGGUCCUCCUCCAUACUACUACCCAGGCUCAGCACCCCCUGGCUGUAGGAGGGGACGUGAACAAAAAACAGGCUCUAGCACUUCUUUGACGCACAAGGAAUCCCAUAAUCGAGAAAGUGAAAGAAAUGAAGCAAAGAAAGAGGACGAAAGCUCUAAGACAUGGUGUGACUCAAAUACCCAAUCACGACCAGGGAGGAGGAGAUCGAGACCCACCCAUCGAGACUGUUCUUCUGUCAGACAGCCCUCAGAUUCUUUAGUAGGACUUGAGAGGACCGGAGCUGCUGAUUCUUAUGGAUAUUCAGACUCGGAGUCCAGCAGCUCAGAGGAUUACUGCUACUACCACCGGCCCUACUGUGAAACCUGCAUGCACAGUCCUUAUGCCUCCAGCGACAGCAGCAGCAGCUCAGAGACGUCCGACAGCGAGUACACAGAACUGGAUCGCUUGUCACAUCCUGUGGUCAACUUCAAAGAGGACCUCAAACCCACAUUUGUUUGAAAAGAGAAGGAGGAAUGAGACGUGGGGAUCUGAACAGAUCAGAUUGCAGUAAAACAUGGCACUACACACAGACCACACACAAACAUGCAGUGAAUUUCAGAAAUAAAUGCACAGAUUUUGUGGCUGGAAUGCUCGAAUGCAAGUCCAUGUAAAUCUUUCUUCAGAUGGCCUGCGAAAACAUUUCACGUGGUGAAUAUAGAUCCUGAAAACUACAGGCUGUAUCUCAACAACUUGUGGCAAAGUUAUGUAAGUAAUAAAACAUGUGAGGACACACUCUUCUAAGAAAAUAAUCCACCAUGUGGUGGUGUGAUGCGAAGUGGAAGUUUGUUACCACCUUGAAGUGGAUUAGUUUCCACUAACGGCACACCGCAAAGUGUUUUAUUCAUCUUAAACUACAACAAAUUGCCAGUACAAUUUUUAAAAAUGUAUUAAUGAAUGACACAUCAUUCUUUACCUCGAGUCACUAAACCUCGAGUCCGAGUUCAGUCUCAAGUCCCCAGUGUUCAAGUCCAAGUCAUGAAAGAAAAUUUCGAGUCGAGUCCGAGAACAAGACUCCAUCCGCACCAUGUGAUGGUGACUGUUGCUGCCUUUACGUGAAAGCGUCUCUGCUGCUGUCUCGGACUAAUGUUACUGCUCGACUGUUCCAUUUUAGUUAAUAGGCUACAGAUAAAUAGCUUGUUCAUCACUCAGCAAGCCCCGCCCACUAUCAAGAGGGCAAAUAACAUGAGAGAGGGUUAACGCUAGCUAGUUCAUCGCUCAGCAAGCAAGCCCCGCCCACUAUCAACAGAGCAAUGAACAUAGUGCGUCACUUCCUUUUCUGGGUGGAGUCUUACCAAAUGACGAUUGAAGUUCGAGGUUGUCCCCGUCGUCUCCUCGAUAGUUCUUCUACAUAUGGAACACACAGCAGUGCAUUUUUUCCCACCACACGAGAAGUCUGGAGAAGCAAAGUGGACAAUCCUAGCGGCGUCUCUCCAGGCAUUUUAGCGCCGUUAACUUUAGUUUGUUCCUGACCAUGACGUAUGAGCAGGUGAAUGUGCAUUCUCUUGCAUGGAAUUAGUAUAAAAAUUAUUGUAGAUACAAAUAUCUUAUGCCAAAUUAUUAUGGCAUGUUACAAAAAAUCCAAGUCCUCGUCUCCAAUUUACGAGUCCAAAUGCAGUUAAUGCACGAGUCCGAGUUAUCAGUGCUCAAGUCCAAGUCAAGUCACGAGUCUUUAAAAUUAGGGCACGAGUCGGACUUGAGUCCUGGACUUGAAUACUACAAGCCUGAUUUGUUCCCAAUGUAACUCCAAAAGUAGUGAACAAAUUUUGAUGAAAUUUUGAGGAAAAAUGAGCCAUCGGCCAAGGAUUGUUCUACAAUGUAGAAAAUACAAAAUACAGAAAAACCUAUGAAUGAGUAGAGAAGGGGUAUACAAACUUUUGACUUGUACUGUAUACCAAGGACCACUCUGAUCACUCUGUCUAGUACCAAAGCACAUAUGAAUCUUGAUCCACUUUUGAAAAUACUCUCCAAAUUUAACACUCUUAGGAUCGAAUCUAGCUUGUGAUAAAGUGACAGUCAAGUAUUCAUUUCCGAUGCGAUCCAAAGUCACUAUUAGGUCUAUAUUUGAAUUGAAACUUUUUUUU